AUGAAACCAGUAUCUGUAACGAAAGAAAAUGAAAAGUUAGCAUGGAAAAAUUUAUAUGGACGUAUUGAAAAUCCUAAGUCACCUCGUCUUAAGGUAGGGGAUAUUGUAAGAAUAAGCAAACAGAAAAUGAAAUUCGAAAAAGGUUAUGAGCAAAACUGGUCUCGAGAAUUAUUUAGCAUUUAUGAAGUAUUAGAACGCGAGAUUCCUGUUUAUAAAUUAAAAGAUUUAUCGAAUGAGAUCAUUAAAGGUUCAUUUUAUGAGCAGGAAUUACAGAAAGUGAAUGAUAGCGGGUAUUACCUUGUUGAAAAUGUUUUGAAAAAACGGAAUAUUUUGUAA